CCAGAUAAGCCGUCGGCUCAGUGUUUAGCCAUCUAGCGUCCUAUACGCGCUAUCUACGCAGAGGCGCGUCCCGUCCAGUCGUCCUCGGAGGCUUUACUGCGGGAUUUGACUCCCCGAGUGAGCAACAGCUGUCCUCGCACGCCAAAGAUGUCAUACGCCGGUGACAGGCUGUACGACGGCUACCUGCGCACCAACAUGCCCACCAUCGUCAGUACGGUCAAAGCGCGAGAGAUCGUCGUACACUUGCCCUGCCUGACCGCCCACGACCGGGAGUGCAUCGAGGCCAAGCGGGAGACGUGCGGCAACUUUGAUGCCAUGGUCCUGCUGCUUGACUGCCUGAAGAGGCGCCAAAGCUGGCCCGACCAUUUUAUCCGAGCUCUGGAGAACUGCGAGCAUGGCGCCAUUGCCGCCGACGUCCGCGCCGAGUACGCCAGGCUCGUUGCCGCCGAACCUCGCCCUUCCAGCGCUAGCGCGGUAGAAGCAAACAUCCGGGCGGCGCUGCCGACCGUCCCCGAGAGCCGGGCCGCCGCUUCUUCGCCGACUGACCCGGAAGACCAAACUCCCGCCUCCCAAACACCCUCGCCGGAUCAGGAUCGCCCGGAACCGGAGGAAAACUCUGACGUCCCGGAUAGUCCGGCGAUACCCGAAGAACUUUCGCCAGACCGUCGGGCGUCGUCCGAGUCGGCGGAAGUGUGCGAUUCGGCCGCCUCUGAAAGUUCGGGGGAGAGUCUCGCGGGAUCGGAUGACGGCGAGGCGCCAUCUGCAGCCGAGAAGUCUCCCGUGCAGGAAACGGCCCCGCCCACAGAGGAAGUCGCCACCACUACCGCUAGCUCGGCGACUAAAGAUGAUCCAGAAGUUCAGACGGCGGUGGAGAAGCACGGAUCUACAGGAAGCUCGUCGGCGAGCCCCGUUAGGCCCGAAACGCCCGAUUCUCCGUGCCUGAGCGCGCCCCUUCCCCUCGUCAGCGUCCGGCCAAGGGACCGUCCGGCCUCGCCGGAGUCCGAUCCGCCGUACUCGGGCGACUCUGAACGUCUGGAAAUCAGCACAGACGAGGCGCAGGUCGACGAGGGCCGCGUCUCGUCGCUUCCGGACCUGGACGGCCAAUGCGCACUCAAUGGUGGCGCCGCCCCCGCCGAGGAGCGGCCGGCCCCCGCCGGUAAACCGCGCGCCGACGUCAAAUACGUGGCCACGGCAGUGGGAGUGGCCGCCUGCGCGCUCUUGCUGGCGUGGAAGUUCAAACAUUGAGUGGAAAAACAGACAAGAAGAGGCUUUGUUUUCCCAGCUUUUUAAAUCACCGCUCGACAUUAGGGCCGCCGCCAACGAUGAUUUUCUUAGUUGAUGAUUAUUUUUAAAUAUGUUGACGGCAAUAAACGACCAGUCUGUGUGAAAUUUCAAAUAUGUACAGUUAUUUAAUUAAAUCAUAAUGAUCACAUUUUGAAAUAGCGAACACAUUUUAUCAAAGACCAAAUAUUUUAUAUUGUGCGACUGCGUUAAUGGUACUAAUUAAGUGUACAAAUAUAUGGAGGCAUUUUCUUGUAAAUAGUAUGUAUAUAGUAAGAUAAUAAAUUGUGAACAAAACAGUUCUUGUUUGUUUUCAUGCCUUAAUUUUUCCUAAAAAGAAAGUGACGUGAGAAACAUGUCAUUGAAAUAAGACACUGCUG